GAAUUAACGUCAGGGGAAACCUUUACCUUUACCUUAAUUAAAGGUAAUUUCCAUGAAUUAUUAUUAACUAAUCAUCAGGGCUGGCCUUGCCUUGGGGCUGAAUGCAAGCUGUUCUUGUAAGUCUCAAGGCAGCACUUUUCCUUGGGCUGCAACCCUGGCAGCUCUUGACCUUCUCUGCGUCCUGCAUGGGCUCCAUUUCCAGAGCUGUCAAGGCAUCUCUCUGCGUCAUUGGGCUCAAUGUGACAAGGAGGGUCAGCUGCCCAGUCCGCUUUGGGAAGAAGGGAGAGAAGGAGGGCAAGGGAACUGCUGCUGUGUUUGGAUUCCCUCUUUGCCUCCCAGGCUUUGCUUCGGACACCUUUUCCCCCCCAUUGGAUUAAACCCCCGGCACAAAGGUGUCCCUCUGCCCCAAUGGCCCCCAAAAAGAAAGCCCCCAAGAAGAUCAAGCCUUUGAAGAAAGAUGGUCCUGCCAACCUCACAAUGGUAGAAGAGCCUUCCCUUGACAUCGACCAUCAUCAACAGCUGGAUGAAUUCUUUGAAAACGGCUCCGAUGGGUUCCUCUGCACAGCCAACGAGGUUUUAGACCCAAGGCACGGAGCGAACACCCUGGAGGAGGCGCACCGUAUGCAGAAGGAGCACUUCCUUUGCGAUCUCACCGUUGCCACAAAAACAAAGACCUUCAAUGUCCAUAAGCUGGUGAUGUCCUCUUGUAGUGACUACUUCAGAAGCCUGUUGAAGAAGAACCCCAGCCUUCAACAAGUGGACCUUGUAGACAUUUCUCCUUUGGGCCUGGCCACCAUCAUAACCUACGCCUACACAGGGAGAGUGAGUCUCUCUCUGUACACCAUUGGAAGCACCAUUUCCACUGCCAGCUACCUGCAGAUGCCUGCCCUGCUCAACAUAUGCACAGACUUUCUCAUCCAGGAGAUGAAUGUGGAGAACUGGACGUAUGUGGCCAACCUGGCCGAGACCUACAGUCUCAACCAGACAAAGAAUGCUGCCAAGAAGUUCAUCCGGGAACAUUUCCUUGAGUUCUCGGAGACCGAGCAGUUCAUGAAGCUCACCUUUGACCAACUCAACGAAUUGCUGAUGGACGAUGACCUUCAGUUCCCCAGUGAGGUAGUGGUUUUCCAGAUUGCCAUGAAGUGGCUUGAAUCUGACCCUAAGCGAGUCCAACAUGCUGCCGACCUCCUGAACAACGUCCGGUUCGGCACCAUCCCAGCGCAUGACUUGAUCAACUAUGUCCAGCCUGUGCCGUGUAUGAUGCAAAACCCAGAAUGCCACAGGCUGCUGGUCGACGCCAUGAAUUACCACCUGCUGCCUUUCCAGCAGAAUGACCUCCAGUCCAGAAGGACCAAGAUUCGAGGGAGCCAGAAGGUCUUGCUGGUGGUUGGCGGGCGCCCAUGCGCCGCAGAUAAGGCCAUUAGUAAAGACGUGAGUCACAGAGAUCAGGAUGGGAAUUGGAACAAGCUGACAGAGAUGCCAACCAAGUGCUUCAACCAAUGUGUGGCAGUCAUGGAUGGAUUCCUCUAUGUGGCGGGAGGAGAAGAUCAAAACGAUGCCCGCAACCAAGCCAAGCACGCCAUUAACAAUCUGUGCAGGUACGACCCACGUUUUGGCACCUGGCUCCACUUGGCCAGCAUGGCCCACAAAAGAACUCACUUCAGCCUCAGCACCUUCAACGGGCACCUUUAUGCCAUAGGGGGACGCAAUGCCAAGGGGACCCUCACCUCCAUCGAAUGCUAUAUCCCAUCCACCAACAGCUGGCAAGCCAAGACCAACAUGGAGCUCCCACGCUGCUGCCAUGCCAGCAUGAUCCUGGGAGGCGAGAUCCUGGUGACAGGCGGCUACGUAAACAAUGCCUACUCCCGCACUGUGUGCAGCUACAACCCAGCCACAGACACUUGGAGGGACUGUACCUGGCUCAGCACUCCAAGAGGGUGGCACGGUGGUGCCACGUUAAGGGAUCGUGGGUACGUCCUGGGGGGCAGCCAGCUGGGGCCCCGAGGGGAGAGGGUGGACGUCAUCCCGGUGGAGUGUUACAACCCUUCCACCAACCAGUGGAGUCACGUGGCCCCGCUGCCCAUUGGCUUGAGCAUGGCUGGGGUGGCCACCCUCAAUGGGCAAAUCCUGCUCGUGGGGGGCUGGAAUGAGAGCAUGAAGAAAUACCAGAAGGGCAUCCAGGCCUAUAACCCCGACCUGAAUGAAUGGAUCGAGGACGGCGAACUUUUGGAAGGGACCGUGGGGGUCUCUUGCUGCACCAUCGCCCUUCCGCACACCAGCACCAGAGGGUCCCGGGCCAGCUCUGUUGGAUCAGCAGCCGUCAGUAUCUAAGGGUGGGUUGGAGCAUUCAUAACUACCCCAAGGUGGUUUACAAGAAUAUAGAGAGGUGCGUUUUUGUCAGUUUCUAGUGCUUUGAGGAAAUAAGGCAUUCUAAUUGUAUCUAACCAGCUGCUAUACUCCUGCAUAAGUCUCGACAUUCUAGUCAAAACAUUGAGCCCCUAAAACAAGUCACUUAUCCAUGGUUCAAUGUACGUACUGUACCUCUUAUCAAAAAGGAAAAAAAUCUCCUAGUAGUGGUGAAACGCAUGAGUUCUGACUUAUGGCAGCCUUACAACAGGGCUAAGAGUACUUGACCUGCCUAAGAUAAGACAGUAGGCUUCCACGGUCAACCGGGGAAUUGAACCUGGUCUCGAGUUGUAGUCCAACACUCAAACCACUAUUCCAUAUCAAUCCAGUCUUCUUUCUUUCCUGCUUUUCAUUUUAACCAGCAUUAUUGUCUUUUCCAUCAAGUCACGCAAUUUCAUGAUCUGUUUUUAAGUUUGACAGCCACUGCUUUCUCGGAUGCAGGGGCAGAGGUCAUGCUGUAUAUCGGUAUGUAUAUAUCUUUUACUAGAUAUAAUUAUUUCCUAUUGUAAAAUAAUGGGAUUCUUCAGAGCUAAGUUGGUUAACACCAAAGAAUCAGAGAUGAGUUCCAAAACUGUCAUCAGGCCUUGGAACAUAGUUUGCUGCAUUUUAAUGCAUGUUCUGCAGUAUUCUGAGAACUCUUGAUUAUACAAACUGUUUCAGUCAGUCUAGAUCGCAUCCAACUACAAAACUAGGCAAUACUCUGAAUAAAUAAAAAUAAUGCUUACA